UUAAAUUAAUUUCUGAUUUAUUACCGAAAAGUUAUUCUUUACAAUUUACAGAAAAAUUAAAACGCAAAAAAAAAGCUAUAAAUUUUUACAUAAAUACUUUAGUUACACCUAAACCUUUAAAAAAAAUUAAAAGAAACCACUCCUAAACUAAAUAUCCUAACAAUUAAAAUUACCAAAACCUAUUAACAUGUUUACAAAAACAUCCCUAAGCUGGACCAUUUUUAUAACCUGUAAAUCCCCAGUUAUAAGGAUGCCCUGAUUAUUUAUAAAUAAUUACACAUCCAAUGGAUUUAUCUACAAUAUAAAAUAACCUAAGAUAAAACAAAUAUAGAUCAGAUAAAUAAUUUUUAUAAGACAUUCGUUAAAUAUGGUCUAACAGCUAUAUUUAUAAUCCAAAGUCUUCUUAUUUAUACUAAGUAACAUUAUAAAUGGACUAAUUUUUCGAAUAAAAAGUACAAGAAAUAUUCCAAAAUAAAAACAAUAAUCCUUUAGUAAAUUUACACAAUCAAGUUAAUUAAUUAUAAAAGGAAAUCUCUGGAAUGAACUCUAAAUCUAAAACACUGAAGGCUUUUAAUAAUUAAAAUCUUUCAUAUUUUUCAACUCAAAAAUAAUAGAAAAUUAAUACUCCGAUGAAUCCAAAUGAAAAAAAAACUCUUAAGUAAAAUAUACUUAAAUUACCUGCUGAUGCCUAUACAGGAGUUUGGGAAAUACUUAAACAAGAAUGCAAUACUAGAAAUUAAUAAUUGUCUUUUGAUAUUGAUGCUUUAAGUGUGAGAAAAGUUCGAGAACUUGAAUAAUAUGUAAAUAUGAGACUUAAUAAACACUAAAAAAAGUUAGUCAAAUUAUAAUAAAAAACCCAAAAAAAAAAAAAAGGAAGCGAUGAGGAAAAUUCUAUAACUUUAUAAAAUUAACCUUUAAUUUAAUAAGAAAAUAGUGGUGUUAAUAUUUCUUAAACUAUUUGAAUUAAAAAUAUUAAAAUUAUUUGAAUCCUAUAUUUAUAAAUAAUAAAGAAAAAUAUUCAUUAUUUUCCAUAAUUAUUAAAAAAAAUAUUCGAGUAAACAUAUUAAUUACUUUUAUUUUUUAUUCGUUUAUUUUUUAU